CGCCAGAGGAGUCUCCGUUUCAGGUAUGUGCAGUUCUCUUACACCAAAGAAUUUCCUGUUAUUGCUUUAGUGCUGCGGCUAUGGGCGGUCUUUGAGGGCAUUUAUCACAUGCGGCGCAGCUCCAUGAUGCAUGUGCUGAACUAUAAUAUGAUUGCCUCGCUGCGACCUGAUCACGUGCUUCUGCUAGCAACCAGCGCUGUCAUGGAAGGUGACAGUUUCACGUCUUUAUCAUACUAUAGUUCCUCCGUGGCAUGGCAUAGGAAAGUGCUCAUCUGCAUUUGUUCCCUCAGAUCAACGAACCCUUUCCUUUCUCUCUGGAUUUGUCUGCAUCAAUGACAGAAGACUCUUUGGACCUGCUCUCGUCUGAGCCCAAAAUAUCUUCGCCUUCGAAGAAGAUCAGCUUGCUUCACGUCAACUUUCCUGCGAAACGACCUUCACUACAGUCGCUACUUACUCCACCGUUUUUCCAAACACCCACUUCUCCCUCAAGUAGCGCGUCUCGAGCUCGCUCCCUCUCAGCAGUCACGCUCACCCAUAAUGCCGCUUUCGGGGAAGAUUCAAACAUCCCUAUCCCUGCUACGUCGUCUCCUUUACUGGAUGAGGACCCCUUUGCCAACUUGCACUCGUCCUCUUCUGUAAUUGCAUCUUCAGAAUGUCCGAGUGCAUAUCCCAACCCUUCUGUUGCAUUGCAUCCUCCGAGAUCAUCUACUGUACUACUUCCGUCGCAAGCAUACCGUCAACAUCAUAAUCCCAAACGUCCGAAGUCAUCCAGUCACGGUCAAGUCCGUCCCGCUCACACUAGACCGGCAAUCGCUUCUCGACCGUCAUUACCCUCUUUGAAGACAUUAUCUCAAAUGAAUAUUGGUAUCCCACGCAAACCUCGUAAGGGAACCCCUGGCGCUCGAUUACCACAUGAACCAUGGAAUAUGGAACCCACUCCCCAUCUGGGUGCCACAUCUGCUUCUUCUGCGGAACCACUUACGGGACCCUCCAAGCGGCAGCGUGCAGCUACUGUCCCGCAAACGCCAGCGCCUUUGGAUACCAGACAGGACUUCACUCUCAGUUUAGAAGGCACCGCCUCACCGGCGAGUUCAUCAACAUCAGAGAAAAUUGUUACAGAUCCGGGUGACUCCGAGAGUAGCUUUCAUUCCACCAAUGGAAGACCAGCCUCAGUUCAUCUUGAUGAUGCCGAUAUUGAUUCCCUUCCGUCGCUUUCAUUUACGGGGUCAGAGCCUCAGGCUUCUUCAUCUUCACUCUCACGUUCCUCAUCCACAUCAUCUUUACCGUGGUCCACAUCUGCGACUGACCAAAAUAGUAUUUGUGUCAGCCACGCUCAGGGUUCGGAAAUGUCUUUCGCCCACGAGGUCGAUGGCAUAGAUGAAGAUCAUCCUCUCAGUUAUCACUCUGAUUUUGACUACUACACACAAGUGCACUCUGAUCAUUCGGAGUCAGAGUGGGACUUAUCUUCGAAGGUCACAUCUGCAACCCCUUACCCAGAAGUUACACCCACACCAUACACCUCUUUUUACUCUCCUGAAACAUCUUCGGACACACAGUCUUUUCACGCUAUGCCUGGCAUCCUGCACGACCAGCCCCAGAACAAGAAGAAGUCACAUCCCUUACCAAGACUUGAAGAUGCUCCACGUGACGGUGAUAGCACACCUGAACAACGAGGCCCGCCCCCAGGGCGAGACCGUGAUGAGGACAGACGGGGCCGUAAAUACGGAGGAAGAGAGGAGGGGGGUCAUUCUGGAAACCAUGGUUCUGGAGGGUACGGUCACGAGGGUGGUGGGGAUGGUGGGGACGGAGGGCGUAGACCAAGCACACGUUCACCAGCAUGGAGUGACUCGGAUUACAGUUCUUCUUCAGAUGAGGGAGACAACGGUACCGUUUACUAUAGUGUGGAUGGACACUCCUCUCGGCCGCCAUCCCGCACACGUUCCAUCCACUCAAGGAUGGUUUCAUGUUCUGAUGACGAUGUACCACUCGCUCAAAGCAUGCCCACGGCACUCACUGCCCAAAAGUCUAUUCGAAGGCAAUUGCGUGAUGAGCGCCACCAACGGAAGAUGCAGCGUGCGAAGGGCACUCGCGCAGUAAUGCCGUCCGAACGACCUCCUGUUCCUGCCCUUCCUCCUACUGUCAUACAUGGUCGACAACGUUCUGCGUCCGUCACGCCCUCGCUUGCUCCAUCAAGAGGCGAAAGGAUUCGCGGCAAACCAGCUCCCCUCGAACCUUUCCCCGUCGAUGAUUUGGCGAUGAAAUUAGCAAACCUUCAAAUGGCAACAGCUCCAUCGACCGCGCCGCCUUCCUAUAAUGGUAUUGCUUCUGCAUCACUAUCCACAAGGAUACCUAUUUCUGGUUCUGGUUCUGGUCCACGGAUUCACGGUCCGCAAGCUGUGGACGAAAUAGCGUUCCUCCAACAUGUUCCAGCUCAUACCACCGACAAACUUCCACAAGAUCGGCAAUUGAGAUCCACACGAUCGUUCCAUCGUCCAGAGGGGCGAACGGUGGAUACAGCUCAGCCACAUCUAGAAUCAUCCUUAUCGCAACGCCUCGGACGUAGACCGACGGCUACCUCGCGCAGACCAGAAGACCCGCUUGUGCGCCGGGGCAAGUCCGUUACCCGUCCAUCCAGAGAUGGUUUUGAGAUUCGCAAUGCCUCAGACCCGCUAUUGAGGUCUGCCCGUCCAAGCGAGGAUAUUAGAAGACCAAUACCAACAGUCCCUCGCGUUUCCGUAGAUCAGGAUGUCGAGCAGCGUGUUCUUCAACGCCCUCCCGUCGAGCCGAUACAUUUACGGUCUCAGCCCGUCCCUGUGCCAAAAGUACAGGUCACCCAGCAACGAGUCUUUAUCGGAGAUAUGCAAAGAUUCAACACGGUGGAGAUCACUCCCAACACCAAUGCUGGUGAUGUCGUUGCCUUGAUUGCAAAUCAAGGAUCGUUGGAUGAUACGGCAGUCUGGAUGCUGUUCGAGCUUGCGAAUGACUUUGGCAUGGAACGCCCUAUCCGAAGUUACGAGCUACUAUCAAAUGUCACUGCUUCUUGGAACAAAGACAAACUUUUGAAUGCCUUUGUGGUCAAACGCACCUACCUGGCUCCCUUCCUGAGCCGCUCCAACAUACCCACAAGCUCACCCACCAACCGCGGAUAUAUCGAAUAUGAGAGCAAGAAGGGCAAGUGGAGCAAACGUUGGAUGGAGUUGCGAGAGCACAGCUUGUGGUUGGCCAAGCGCGACACGGGAAAGGAUGAGACUUUCCUGUGCUCACUCUCCAAUUUCGACGCGUACUAUAUCACCAGAAAACGCAAGUCUCCUAAACCGUUUGUUUUUGCCAUCAAAUCUACUGACAACAUCUCACUAUUUGAGAAUGUGUCGGACUAUGUUCAUAUUUUGUCAUGCAACCAAAAGGAUGGCGAGAGAUGGAUGGAAGCCAUUCUUGUAGCGCGAUCCUAUGUUCUUUUCCAGGAACGACAUGUCCUAUUCGCAAAACCAGGGGAAUCUACCUCGAUCUCUAACAACCUAUCUCGGUCUCAAACCAGAAAACAGUCCAUCUCUACGCGCCCUAGUCAACCUCUCGUUAGUGUCUCAGCUCCAUUCAGCGCAUCAGCUACCGCCGUCACAUUCGAACCUGGCUCUCUCCUGGCCAAACACAGAGGAGAUGCCAUGUCAUGAUGUGCUUUUAUGUGUACUGAAUAUACCCACGCAUCUAUUAUCCGUGUCAUUGCAUAUUGUAUAUUGCAAGCUGUAACUACA